UUUAUUUCUGUCUUGUUACCCAAGAUUUCUUAUUUUUAUAUCUCUAAAAAAUAAAAAUCACAUCUUUUUUUGCAGAUUUCAAAUCGAUUUCACUCUCGAUCGUAAUCGUAAAAUUUGAAGAUGACAAUUGAAGGAAUGGAUGUCCCAAAAACUGGGUUCAGCUUUGAUUUGUGUAGAAGAAACGAUAUGCUGACGAAAAAAGGCCUAAAAUCACCUGGCUAUCUUAAAACUGGAACCACUAUUGUUGGUUUAAUCUUUGAGAAUGGUGUCAUUCUUGGGGCAGAUACCAGAGCCACAGAGGGUCCCAUUGUUGCUGACAAGAAUUGUGAAAAGAUUCAUUAUAUGGCACCCAACAUUUAUUGUUGUGGAGCUGGAACUGCUGCUGAUACAGAAGCCGUUACUGACAACAUCAGUGCUCAGCUGAAGUUGCACAGAUACCACACUGGUCGUGAAUCAAGGGUUGUAACAGCUCUUACUCUAUUGAAGUCUCAUCUUUUCCGCUACCAAGGUCAUGUAUCUGCUGCUUUGGUACUUGGAGGAGUUGAUGUGACUGGCCCCCAUCUACAUACUAUCUAUCCUCAUGGAUCAACCGACACUCUUCCUUAUGCUACAAUGGGAUCGGGUUCCCUUGCUGCAAUGGCUAUCUUUGAAUCAGAGUAUCGUGAAGGACUUACCAGGGAAGAAGGAGUGAACUUGGUUACUAAGGCUAUAUGCUCUGGCAUAUUUAAUGAUCUGGGAAGUGGAAGCAAUGUUGAUGUCUGCGUGAUAGAAAAGGGUAAGAAGGAAUACCUGCGGAAUCAUUUAACUCCAAAUCCCCGUACUUACAUCAGUUCAAACGGCUAUAAGUUUUCUAAAAAGACUGAAGUUCUGCUUACAAAGAUCACACCACUUAAGGAGCUGGUUGAAGUAGUGGAAGUGGGAGGAGAGGCCAUGGAAGAAUAAAUUUGUCAUUUUGAAUCUGUAUUUCAGCAAGUUAUGUGGUGUUUUCGUUUAGAGUCAGUUGCUUGAGUUGUCAACCAUGUUCAGACUUGCAUUAUAAUGACAUUAAAUUCAGUUGUUUGCCA